AACUCCACUAUGUUUCCCUCUCUGCAAUUACUCGUAAGAGCUUUUCUCUCUAGAACAUUGAAUAUUGCUAACUUGAGCGUCGAAGUGUUUUCCCUGAGGAAACAUCCUCAGGUUUUUCAAGUGUAGAAGCAGUUGAAGAUCUUUAUAGUGUAGGAGGAGCAAAAGAGGAGUAGUUAAGUAGCUCUGAUGAUGAGCGGACUUCUACGGGAUAUGCCACCUAGCCCGAGGAACAAUUCCAAGCUCCGGGAGGCACGCAACAAAGACACCCCGUCUGCAACACAUCACGGUCAGGUAGUUGCUUGUAAUUACCCGGCUUUGAGCAAGAUGGUUGUACCAACAAAGUCGAGAGGAAGUGAGAAAUUAAACCUCAAGCCCAACUCAUCCAAGCUCAACAAAGAACUAUUGAAGAAGAAUAACAAGCUCGAAAAGCAACUUGACGGUAUACAAAAAUCCAUUGACAAGCUGAAAAGUCUAAGGUCGCGUCAACAGGUGCUCGACCUAGACAGUGCUCUUCUUAGCAUGCCCAUAACAGUAGAGCCUUAUCAAGAAAGGAGUGCUGAAGGGAAACCAGAAGAUGGCGAGGACCUGUUAUCAAGACAUGUUCAAGAAGAUCAUCGACUUGAGAAUGUGGAACAAAAGGCCGAGCCAAUAAAACUUGUGGAAACUGUUUCCUUGGAUUCCGAGGAGCUAGAAAAAACUGUGAAAAUUGGAACUAAGCUCACAGCGGAAGAAAGGAGGGAGCUCUUGGAGUUUUUAAAAGCUAAUAAAGACGUCUUUGCCUGGACAACAGUUGAGAUGCCCAGAAUCCCAACAGAGUUUGCAGUUCAUAAACUUAGCACAUAUCCUACAAGGAAGCCAGUGCUUGCUAGUCGAUUGAUUGGAUGGGUUGUCGAGCUCAACGACUACGACAUCAAGUUUGAACCUCACACGGCUAUAAAGGGCCAAGCCUUGGCAGACUUCCUAGUUGAAUGCCACUUAACAGAUGUAGAAGAAGUUAUAGCUUUACAUCCCAUAUGGGCCUUUUGUGUGGAUGGGGCUACGAAUGUUAGAGGAUCUAGGGCUGGGGCAGUGUUAGUUGGCCCAUAUGGGUUCAAGUCCAAGCACACUUUAAGAUUCAAGUUUAGUGCAACCAAUAAUGCUACUGAAUAUGAAGCACUCAUCUAUGGUCUAAAGUUAGCUUCUGAGCUGAGAGCACAAAACAUAAAGGUCUUCAAUGAUUCUCAACUUGUCGUGAAUCAAGUGAACGAGGACUGUGAUGUUAAAGAUCCUCAGCUUGUGCAUUAUUCUUCUGUUGUCAGCCAGUUAAAAACGGAAACAAAAGAGAGAAGUCCAAAAGAGAAGAGGUCUGAAGGAGAAGAAUUUCCGUUUAGGGAAGGCAAUAGCGUCAAAAACAGUGAGGUGGAUUGGGAGCUCCAUUCUUCUGGGUUUGUCUUAGGUAUUUUUCUGCAACAGAGGAGUCUUUUUGGGGGGCAGCGAGGGGAAUGAUCUGGGUGUGAUCUCGUGGGUGGGAUUCCCCAUAUCGGACUCUGAUUUGUUACCCAGAAAGCUCCGCCGUGCUUGUUUUUUUGUCUUUCUGUUUCUAUGAUCUGCUUUUAUGAUGUUUACGUUUGUAAGUGUUUCUGAAAAUCAAUGAAAGAUAAAAAAAAGUUGUUCAGUUUGUUUUGUUUGAUGGUUGUAUUCCCCUUUAUGUUAAUAAAUAUUUUUUUUAUUA